AUGUACCCACCCUCACCAGAGACCUUCCACUACCAUCCACCCACCCUCGCCAGAGACCUCCCACUACCAUCUACCCACCCUCACCAGAGACCUCUUACUACCAUCCACCCAAUCACACCAGAGACCUCCCACUACCAUCCACCCACCCUCACCAGAGACCUCCCACUAUCAUCUACCCACCCUCGCCAGAGACCUCCCACUACCAUCCACCCACCCUCACCAGAGACCUCCCACUACCAUCCACCAAUCCCUCACCAGAGACCUCGCACUACCAUCUACCCACCCUCAUCAGAGACCUACCACUACCAUCCACCCAAUCACGCCAGAGACCUCCCACUACCAUCCACCCACCCUCACAAGAGACCUCCCACUACCGAUCCACCCACCUCUAGCCAGAGACCUUCCACUACCGAUCCACCCAUCCCUCGCCAGAGACCUUCCACUACCGAUCCAGCCAUCCCCUCGCCAGAGACCUCCCACUACCAUCCACCCAUCCCUCACAAGACACCUCCCACUACCAUCCACCCACCCUCGCCAGAGACCUCCCACUACAAUCAAACCACCCUCGCCAGAGACCUUCCACUACCGAUCCACCCAUCCCUCGCCAGAGACCUCCCACUACCAUCCACCCAUCCUCGCCAGAGACCUCCCACUACCAUCCACCCACCCUCACCAGAGACCUCCCACUACCACCCACCCACCCUCGCUGGAGACCUCCUACUACCGGUCCACCUACAAUGGCAAGAGACCUAG